AUGGAUACUGUCUUUAUCUUGGUCGGGUUCAUUUUCGAGCUGCAUGUUCGGGCGCUUCUUGCUUGGCUCACGCUGCUCUCGUCCAUCCCGCUGGUCUCAACCCACGCAUCUACUUCUCAGGCUCGGGUUAGAGAAAGAAGGGUACUGUAUAUGCUGUAUGCCUCCUAUCAGGUCUUAGAACAGUUUGUCCUCUUCAUCGCCGACGCCGCACAUGUCUCCUACUCUCCGUACUUGCCCGCCGCUUCCCGACGAGACUCGCUGGCACACCACUCUGAGGGAGACUAUCGAAUGCCUGGGGGCAUGGAAAUAUCCGCGCGCUCUUCUUUGCAUAACUCGCUGGGGCUCACCUCAACUCCAGCCACUCGUACGCGUCCUGUUCACGUUCACGGUCAUACGCUCUCCGGACCCAUCGAUACUCGGUCUAUCUUGGCCAAAUACCCGAAGGAGUGGCAUAAGUCUCUCGAGCGCAUCUACGUGGAGCACUCUGGUCGAAACCCCUUUGGAUUCACGCCGCCCCAGGCCUCAUCUCGCGUCCAUCCUUGUGUUCCGGAAACCCCCUCUCCAUGCAGCAACCUCAUCUCCGAGCUUGACCAAGACGGCGCUAGCAGCCAUGGUAGUUUCUCGUCGCCGUGCUCCCCUCGUGAGAGAGCUACUCCCAUCGAGCGCGCGCAGAUGUGGUCGUUCCGCUUUCCCACUGCUAGCCCUAGUGUCUUCUCUCCCGCUGCAACGUCCCAGCCCCGGACUCCCUUUCAGCAUGAGCACGCAGCGGCGAAUGGCACGUUCGGCUGCGGUGAUCAAAGUGGGGACCUGCAGCUGAACCACGUCGUGGAUGCGUCUCCUCUUGGCGACACGGUCCAGCAUGAGCAGUGCCAACUCACCUCUAUGGAUAGUGACGUCUUUAACCCCGAUGAGUACGAAGACGAGGCCUCCGGCGACAUCGACCUCAGCCAAUACAGUGCCGAGAGUCUUGACGAUUUCUAUCACGAUGCUGACUUGGCUGACUCCUGCGUCAGCUUGACGCUCGUUUCCGGUGCUUCGCCCCGGGACUCCUCGAGCGUUAAGCCUGAGGCGUCCAUCUCUUCUUCGGGUUCUUCUAGGUCUUCUGGCGAGCACGUCGCUCCUUCCUUCUCCCUCGAUGACACCGCGUGUGUGGGCAACUUUAAGUCGCUCAUGCAGUCUAUCGCGUCGAUGGAGCCUGUUUCUGCUCCCGCGGAGUAG